GGUCGCUGCGCGCGCGCUCGCCACGCGCCGCGCUCGAGUAAACAGUCCAUCUCCGGCGGUCGGCCAGGCUGCGCAUGCAACACCGCCGACAUCUGCGCGCGCGCCAUUACACUAACAACAUUACAAAAAGAAUUAAAAAUGAAGAAAGCAGAAAAAGUAAAUAUAAGCGCCAUCAGUGGAAGUGUCGUGUCUGUUAAUCAAGAUGGAAGGAUUCCGUCCGAGGGGUAUGGCGUGUUUCAGUCGCGGGAGGCCAUCAUUCCACUGGAGAAGUCGCAACUGGAACUUGAGAAUGAGAAGUCAGAACCGCAUCAGGUCACCCACCCCACAUCUUACCUGGACACGAUGCUGCACAUCUUCCGGGGCAACAUCGGGUCGGGGCUGCUGGCCAUGGGCGAUGCCUUCAAGAACGGCGGCAUCCUGUUCGCGCCCGUCAUGACGGCCGUCCUCGGCGUCAUUUGUGUGCACGCGCAACAUCUGUUGCUCAAUUGUUCAGAAGAGAUGCAUCGCCAAACAAAAAGAGAGAAAGCGCCCAACUUUUCGGAAACAGUGUCUCUGGUGUUUGAAACCGGGCCCCCGCGGUUGCGGCCACUCGCACCCGUCAUGAAGGUGCUGGUCGACACAUUCCUGUGCGUCACGCAGCUCGGCUUCUGCUGCGUCUACAUCGUCUUUAUUGCCAAUAAUGUUAAAAUUAUCUCGGAGCAGUAUGGCAUCCACUUGGAGCUGUCGGUGCACAUGAUCUUCGUGCUGGUCCCGGUGCUGGCGUCGUGCAUGGUCCGCAACCUCAAGUACUUGACGCCGUUCUCCACGGUGGCCAACGUGCUGAUGGCGCUGGGCGUGGGCGCCGUCAUCUACGAGGCCUCGCACGGCCUGCCUGAAGUUAGCACGAGGGAAUAUAUCGCCUCGUGGCGACAGCUGCCGCUCUAUUUCGGGACCGCCGUUUAUGCCUUUGAGGGAAUUGGUUUGGUACUCCCGCUCAAGAACGAGAUGCGGCGUCCCGAGCUGUUUCAGAAGCCCUUGGGAGUGCUGAAUGUCAGCAUGGUGGUGGUGGGCGCUAUCUUUGUGACCGUGGGCUUCCUUGGCUACCUCAAGUGGGGCGAUGAUGUGCAGGGCAGCCUCACGCUCAACAUGGCUCCUGGACAUAUCCUAAGCACCGUCGUGCAAGGCCUGAUCGCUCUGGCCAUGCUGCUCACGUACCCGCUGCAGUUCUACGUGCCCGUGGCCAUCGCGUGGCCCGGCCUGCGCCGCAAGGUGGGCGCCGCCUCGCCUGUCGCCAAGGAGCUCGGCUUCCGGGCAGGACUUGUACUCCUUACCUUCAUCCUUGCCGAGAGCAUACCCCAGCUGGGCCUGUUCAUCUCGCUGGUGGGCGCCAUCAGCAGCACGGCCCUGGCGCUCGUCUUCCCGCCGCUCAUCGAGAUGGUCAUGGCCUCGCAGCAGCAGGGCGGGCUGCCCUUCCACGUGCUUGCCAAAGACGUAUUUAUCAUUAUACUCGGACUCUUCAUCUUUAUCACUGGUACUUACGAAAGCAUAUCGUCUAUUGUGAAGGCUUUCGUAGCUAAAGAAUAACUGGCCCCGUAGUCGAAUGGCAUUUCUACGACGCGAAACAAAAACGAAUCGCCGCGAAAGGUAGUCUGGCUCUGUUGCGCCAAAACGCACGAGCGAUAGAGAUAAAUAUCUACGAGCCUUUCGUUCCGUGAGCGUUUGUGCCAUUCGGCUACGCUUGCUAUGCUUGCCUGCCUGGACUCACGAGUUUUUGUGUAACUUAUUACUUACCCGUGUAAAUUGUAACUUAUUGACCAUUACCUGCACUAUAUCAGACGUAUCAGUAAUUUAAUACUUAGUAAUCAAUUAGACAAUUGUAUAUUUGACAAUCGGAAACGAGCAAUUAUUUAGUUAAGUUAAAGAACGACAAUGUGCAAAUAAUAAAACAAUUUGAUGUAAGGUACGGGGGGACAAUUCCGACUGGCGGGUAAUUUCAACUAAUCAAUAUUUUUUCCAUGUUUUACAAAUUUUCCAUUAGUAAGUAUCGUGGCCCCUGACCACACAUGGCCCGCCUGGUGGACACAUAAAUAUGGCACUCAAAUGAAUAGCGUAAGACAUGGAGAAACUGACGAUUAGUUGAAAUUACCCGCCAGUAGAAAUGCCCUCCCCUGUACCUUAACGUAAUAAUUAUAAGUUGUGAUUAUGUAUAUGUCGCAGGGAAAUGGCCAAAGCAGAGAUUUCAUCAAAUCACUAAGGGAUAUGAUUAGGGUUGUAAAAAAACGUGAAAAAAAAACCGUG